AUGGCACAAAGGUUUAGAUUCACGGCUACAUUGUGCUUCGAUGCAAGAGCAAUAACGGACACUUCUGCCCGACUCUUUUUGGACCAUUUCGCUGCUUCCCUCUCCGAUCCGGACUUCAUGCUCAGCAUGAUAACAACGACUUUUACUCGUCUCGUAAAACCAUUGGCACCAUCAGUACUACGUAUUGUCGCACGUGAAAAGCAUUUCCUUGCAAACGUUCCGCUGAAGAAACGCGGUGUGGACAAGGUGUCUGUCGACGAGCUCAAGGGGAAGGUACUUUUGCUUUACUUCUCUGCUGGAUGGUGUAGAUCUUGUAGAAUGCUCACCCCCAAGCUCAAGAAGUUCUAUGAAGAACUAGGAGAUGCCGACCGACCAAAUUUGGAAGUGGUGUGGGUAUCCCGUGACAAAGAAGCCGCGGAUCAAUUGGAGUAUUACGAGAAAGCAAUGCCGCCAUGGCUGUACAUACCAUUCGGUGAUGAAAACAUCCAAGGCUUUCUGGAGAAGUAUGACGUUAAGGUGAUCCCUGCACUGAAAGUAGUCAACGACAAGGGCGACGUGUUGAGUGAAGCAAGAGCUGACGUAGAAGGUUGUGUAAAAGGUGACGCUACAGUAUGCUACAAGAAAUGGAAAAAUAUGUACUAA